AUGGAUGAGGUGGAGUAUGACAUCACCAAGGCUCGACAGAAGAAAACCAAGGUGGGCUCCUACCGAAUCAGGCCUGACGGGACACAGGAGAGGAAAAAGGUUCCCCUGGCCCAGUCCGAGGCGUUCCUCAUCGACCUUUUGGAUAAAGUGUGUGUGCGAAUGAACGAUUACCAGCUGGAGGACGACCCAGUGACCAAGCAGAAGUAUUUCAGGAGAUAUGCUCCGAGAAAGGGAGACAAAAUAUACAAAGAAUAUAAAAAGUUCUUCUUUUAUUCUGAUGCCUACAGACCUUUGAAAUUCGCGUGCGAAGCCAUCAUUGAAAAGUAUGAGGAUGAGAUAUUUGCACUUAUCGCCCAGGAGGCACACCAUCUAGCUGAUAUGCUGUGCAGUGAAAAAUCAGAUCUGUGUGGCACUCCAGUCAACAGUCCUGAACCCUAG